AUGGCCCGCUCAGUCAAGCGCCGCAACCGCGACGACGACGCCAACGACUCGGACCACACCGACUACGACUCGGGCAGGGCCGCCAAGCGCUCACAGCCCUCCAAGAAGCGCAAGUCGACUGCCUCGGCAAACUCCAAGGCCAAGCGCGCCGUCCGCCCCCGCGACUCGGACGACGACCUCGACGACGACGACGACGCGUCCGACUCGGACAACGGCGGCCACAAACCCGCAAAGGGCGAGCUCAGCGACGACGAGAAGAAGCACUACAUCCAGGCCUUUGUCCGCUACGUCCUCUUCAACGAGUCGCACAGGCGCGUCCUCAAGCGCGACGACAUCGUCAAGAACGUGUUGACCGACGGCCGCUCGAGGCACUUCAACGCCCUCCUCCCCAAGGUGCAAAAGGUGCUCAAGGACGUCCUCGGCAUGGAGCUGCACGAGCUUCGCCCUCGCGAGACCGCCUCGGGCAAGUCGCAAGGCCGAGCAUGGAUCGUCCGCUCGACCAUUCCGCAGCCGCUCCUCCGCCACGCCGCGACCCACCGCUACCCAGAGCUCGCCGCCUCGACCUCGGACGAUGCCUCGACCUCGGGCAAGAAGUCGCUGCGCGCUGAGCUCGCGGCGUGGCAGGCCGACAGCGAGCCGGUCCCGGGCGACGACGACGCCGAGGGCCUCGAGGCGGCCGUCAUGCGCGACGUCAAGCGCGAGGAAGGUGCGCUGUACGGCGUCCUCGGCGUCGUCCUCGCCCUCAUCCUCGUCAACGGCAAAGUGCUCGGCGACGACCAGCUCAUCUCGUACCUGCGCCGCCUGUCCCUCACGCCCUCGACCGUCCUCCCUCUCUCGCUCGCGUCGCCGCACCCGUCCUCGAUCACGCUCUCCGUCUUCCUCAACACGCUCGUCAAGGAGCAGUACCUCGAGCGCGCCAAGACGGCCGCGACGGGCGGGACUCAGGCGACGCAGCAGGGCGGUGCCACCGGUCGGGGCGGAGCAGGCCCGUCGAGGACCCAGCGCACCAACGCGCAGGGCGACAAGGCCGAGUCGGGCGACCCGGCCAUCGACUGGCGCUGGGGCCCGAGGGCCGACGCCGAGCUCGGCGAGGUCGGCGUCGCGCGCUUUGUCGAGCGCGUCUUCCUCGCCCAAGGUGCGACCUACGGCGACGGCGGCGACGACGGCGACGAGGGCGCCGCCGAGCGCAAGAAGAAGGGCGACAAGCUGAGGAGGGAGGUGGCGAGGGCGGCCGGCGUCAAGGUGCUCGCCGGGACCGAGACGAGGAAGGCCGCCCUCGAGCGCGACUGAGCGGGAGCGGGGCGUGCGGGCGAGCUUGUGUGCGAUCC